AUGAAACCUGUUCAUGAGAGGAGUCAGGAAUGCCUUCCACCAAAGAAACGAGACCUCCCCGUGAGCAGCGAGGAUAUGGGGAGAACUACCGGCUGAUCCACUCACCACACACCCUCCAGUGAUGCUUCUGAAUGGUCCCGAGGGGUUGUGGUGGCAGGGCAGAGCCAGGCAGGAGCCAGAGUCAGCCUGGGAGGUGAUGGAGCUGAGGCUAUCACUGGUCUGACAGUGGAUCAGUAUGGCAUGUUGUAUAAGGUGGCUGUGCCACCUGCUACCUUCUCACCAACUGGUCUCCCAUCCAUGGUGAACAUGAGCCCCUUGUCCCCCACAUUUAAUGUAGCGUCUUCACUGAUUCAACAUCCAGGAAUCCACUAUCCCCCGAUCCACUAUGCUCAGCUCCCGUCCACCUCACUGCAGUUUAUAGGGUCUUCUUAUAGCCUUCCCUAUGCUUUGCCACCUAAUUUCCUACCGAGUCCCCUCCUUUCUCCUUCUGCCAACCUCGCCACGUCUCACCUUCCACACUUUGUGCCAUAUGCCUCACUCCUGGCAGAAGGAGCCACUCCUCCCCCUCAGGCUUCAUCCCCAGUCCACUCAUUUAACGAAGCCCCUUCUGCCACCUCCCCACCUGGGCAAUUGCCACAUCACUCGAGUACUCAGCCAUUGGACCUUGUUCCGGCGAUGCCCAUUUAUUAUCAGAUGUCCAGGUUACCCGCUGGGUAUACCUUGCAUGAAAACCCUCCAGCAGGCACUAGCCCAGUUCAUACCCCUCAGGAGGGCCCGUCUGCUGUGGAAGCAGCUGCUGCCAAAGGAGGACAGAGACAGCGAGAGCAAAAUUUAGUAAGACGGGAAAGUGAAGCCCUUGACUCCCCCAACAGCAAGGGAGAAGGCCAGGAACUGGUGCCAGUGGUAGAAUGUGUGGUGGAUGGACAGUUGUUUUCAGGUUCUCAGACUUCAUGGGUAGAGGUGGUGGCGCCAGCACACCGAGGGACCCCAGACACCGACCUUGAAGUUCAGCGGGUGGUUGGUGCUUUAGCUUCUCAGAACUAUCGUGUGGUGGCAGCUCAGAGGAAAGAUGAACACAGUCCCCUCAACCUGUCCCAUCAUACCCCUGACCAUCAGAGUGAGGGGCGAGGGUGGACCAGGAACCCGGCAGAGCUGGCAGAGACAAAUCAGGCCCGUAGGUUCUACCUUCAGUCUCAUCAGGAAUCGGUGAAACACAGACAUUUACCCAAAGCAAUGGUUGUAGCCAACGGCAACCUGGUGCCCUCUGGAACUGACCCAAGCCUGCUCUCCAUGGGCUCGGAGAUACUGGUGGCAUCAAGUCUGGACUUGCCGGCCAGAGCCACCUUCCCAGACAAGGAGCCAACGCCACCCCCCAUUACCUCCUCCCACUUGCCCUCCCAUUUCAUGAAAGGCGCCAUCAUCCAGCUGGCUACGGGGGAGCUAAAGCGGGUGGAGGACCUCCAGACCCAGGAUUUUGUGCGUAGUGCCGAAGUAAGCGGAGGACUGAAGAUUGACUCUAGCACAGUCGUAGACAUUCAGGAGAGCCAGUGGCCUGGAUUUGUCAUGCUGCAUUUCGUGGUUGGUGAGCAGCAGAGCAAAGUGAGCAUCGAGGUGCCCCCCGAGCAUCCCUUCUUUGUAUAUGGCCAGGGUUGGUCCUCCUGCAGCCCUGGACGGACUGCACAACUCUUCUCUCUGCCCUGCCAUCGGCUACAGGUUGGAGAUGUCUGCAUCUCUAUCAGUUUACAGAGCUUGAACAGUAAUUCAGUUUCUCAGGCUAGCUGUGCUCCCCCAGGCCAGCAGGGUUUCCCCCAAGAAAGGCCUGAGAGGACAGUCUUGGGAUCCAGAGAGAUAUGUGACAGUGAGGGGAAGAGCCAGCUGGCAGGAGAGGGCUCCCGUGUGGUAGAGACCUCCCAGCCUGAGCCUGGUGCUCAAGCCUGCUGGCCAACCCCGAGCUUCCAAAGAUACAGCAGGCAAGGAGAGGAGGCCCGGGCUGCAUCGCUUCAUGCCUCUUUCAUUCCACAGGAGGUAAAGCUGUCCAUCGAAGGACGUUCCAAUGCGGGAAAAUGAACCUCUUUGCUAGACCAGGACUGGGGCUUUA